CUUGCGCAAAAAUGAUUAUACAAUCCACAGAACAUUACCCGCGGGCUUAUUAAAAGAAGCAUGAUCCUCUACUAGUGGGACCCGCUGUGUAUCGUCCUUGCUCUCCCAGUGAAAUGCAACGAGAUUGUGCGUGACCCUUUAUCCUCAAUCUUCCAAAUUACUCUCAAACAUCAAACCCUUCCUCAUGAACCGUGAUGGAUUCAUGCUGAUCGUCUAACUGUGUCGAUUGAAUAGUCGAGCCAACUCCUCUGGAUUCAUUGCUAUCAUAGACAGGAAAAUUCCAGUCACAAGGAACCGCGGUUAGGGUUGCGGAGUGAAUUUGUAUAUUACGGCAAAUAUCAAUUACAUUUUAUUCAUUCAAUUUCAGCAACUGUCAGUGCCAGCAGCUGCAAGAAAAAUCGUUGUUGGAUCCACAGAAUUAGAAGACAAUGGUGGAAUCAAAAUCCAUUGGAGACCCUGUAUUUACAAAGGAGAGCCGACCUACUGGUGAACAUGCUGAGAUUUCUGACACCGAAAGACCCAUGCCUGGGUGUUUGCCCUCACCUUCUGAUCUCCAAUCUCCCAAAAGUAGUUCUGGGAAUGGCCAUAUUGUCUAUUUUCGUAGAAAAGCUGAAACUGAGUUAGGUAAAACAAGUUUUUGUGGCAAUCAAAGUGAUGCUGUUGACCGUCCACAUGGAAGGAAAUCUAAUGACCAGGGUGAUACAACUGAACAAAUUGCUGAGAUAAAGGAGCCUGCGACUUGUAUCUCAAAUUCUGUAUCAGUUCAGACGGUUUCUGCAUCAGGCUUGCCUGCAAAACAUUGUGUUUCUUCUCCUGGAAAGUCCAAUAAUAUCUCAUCUCCGACAAAUAUUAGCUAUGUUCGUGUUAAUUCUGCCAACUCUCUGUUCCCAAAGAGAGCGAAUUUUAAGCACUGGACAGAGCGAUAUUGCCAAUUGCAGAAUUUAUUAAAAAUGGUGGAUCAACCAGAUCGAGAUGAUUAUGUUCAAAUGCUUCGUUCGCUUUCUUCGGUUGAGCUUAGCAGACAUGCUGUUGAGCUGGAGAAGAGGUCAAUUCGGCUUUCCUUGGAGGAAGCAAAAGAGAUGCAACGGGUUCGCUUGUUUGACGUGUUGGGGAAGCACCCGAAGAACUUGAGAGCAUCUUCAGUUGAGUAGCAAUGGAAAACCGAGGCUUGUCUCAUAGACCAUAUAAGUGUACUUAAUCAAUCCUUGUAUACAGUACAUAACAUGUUUGUGUUUUUGCAUUAGACUAUCAUCAGUCCUCAGUAAGCCAUUUAGAUGUAGCAAAUUUUGAAUUGUAUAGAUUACAAAAGAAUUACUGGCUUUAUACUGCAAUUUUCCGGUAUUUCUCCUUGCUGCUGAUAAAUUUUCCUCAAUUUCAUUUCGUUUAAGAUAUAGAGAAAAUGACUUGGUUAGG